GCGGGCGCUUCCCCCGCCGGGCGGCCGGGGCGGGGAGCCAGCGCCGCGCGGCAGCAUCAUCGGCGGCUGCGGAGCUGACACACGCCUCCGCCCUCCCCUGCGCCGGCAGCCGCUCGCACGCGCCUCGCGGCGGCGAGGGGGACGGGCGGGCAGCGCGGGGGGCGCCGCGGCAGACAAAGCAAAGAUGGCAGGGAUCCUCGCCUGGUUCUGGAACGAGCGGUUCUGGCUGCCGCACAAUGUCACCUGGGCGGACCUGCAGAGCACGGAGGAGGCCACCUUCCCGCAGGCGGAGGACCUCUACCUCGCCUUCCCCCUCGCCUUCUGCAUCUUCAUGAUCCGCCUGCUCUUCGAGAGGUUCAUUGCUAAACCAUGUGCCUUAGGCCUUAAAGUCCAAGCCAAUGGACCACAGAAAGCUCAGCCCAAUGCCAUCCUGGAAAAAGUUUUCACAGCCAUUACAAAGCAUCCAGAUGAGAAGAGGCUGGAGGGUCUCUCCAAGCAGCUGGACUGGGAUGUACGCAGUAUUCAGCGCUGGUUUCGACAAAGACGCAACCAGGAAAAGCCCAGUACUCUUACGAAGUUCUGUGAGAGCAUGUGGCGAUUUACAUUUUACCUUUAUAUAUUUACCUAUGGAGUACGGUUCCUGAAAAAGACACCCUGGCUCUGGAAUAUCAGACAGUGCUGGAACGGGUAUCCGAAUCAGCCACUGAUGCCUGACGUUCAUUAUUACUACAUAGUCGAAUUGUCAUUCUACUGGUCCCUAAUGUUUUCUCAAUUCAUUGACAUCAAAAGAAAGGAUUUUGGCAUCAUGUUUACACAUCACAUUGUAACAGUCCUCCUGAUAACCUUCUCAUAUGUAACCAAUUUGACACAACUGGGAACCUUGGUCUUUUGUCUCCACGAUGGGUCUGAUAUUAUCCUAGAGGCUGCCAAAAUGGCAAACUACUGCAAGUGUCAAAAACUGAGUGACCUUUUGUUCCUUACGUUUGCCAUUGUCUUCAUUGUCAAUAGGCUUGGCAUAUAUCCUUUAUGGAUAUUAAACGCAACUUUGUUUGAACUAUACGAAGCUCUGGGCAGUUUUCCUUUCUUGUGGGUCUUAAAUAUGCUGCUUAUGGUUCUUCAAGUUCUGCACUGUUUUUGGUCUUAUCUAAUCAUAAAGGCAGCCUACAAAGCUAUUUCAAAGGGCAAGGCUGGGAAGUGGAACCCUUUGCAUAGAGUAGUGUCAACUGGACUUGACUGCAAGGAUGGUGGCAGCACAGGGAGCCUCAAAGGCAAAGGGCCAUUUCUGAGGCAAGAGGUAGCAAAGGAUAACCUAAGUGAUGUUGAGUCAAGCUCAGAUGAGGAAGAAACAGGACCUCGUUCAAAGACCCCACACAGCACUAUCACCGCUAAUGGGACUGGCGGUGCCAACGGGACAAAUGGGUAUCUUACUGGUGGCACUUGCUCAGAGGAGCAUUAAUCCUUGAGUUCAAUCAUGAGAUGAACAGAGUGAACUGUUUGCUACUGGAAGUAAAUUAUAAGUUGUGAAUGCCAUUUCUUCAUAUAUCACAGCAUCAGAAAAAGUUAGGAGUAUCAAAGCAUUCUGAUAACGCACUGCCAUAUUCCCUGUUUGUGAAUGAAGAUGACACACCAUUCUGUAUUAGUAGGCGCAUGCUGUAUGUGUAUGUAAUUGACACAAUGGGAGCGGUAUUUUCAUUUUUACUGUCUUUGAAAAAUUAUUUAUUUUGUACACUUUCUGGGAACUUCUGGACAAAAGGGAAUAUCCUUACUCAAACUUUAACUCUUUGGAUUCUCAGUGGUAGGGAGCAUCAUGCUCAGAUCUCUUCUGUCCAUCCCUGUUGCUUUCGCUGAGUCUGCUAUAAGUAAUAGUUGCCUGGUUUGUUACUUACAGUAAGAUAGAACAUAGCUUUACAGAUUCUAGCUCGCUUCAGAUAUUUUUGCUAUCUUUGUGUUUAAAGUGCUGGUUUUGAAAUUGCCUGACAAAUCACAGUGGCUGUUUCUUCAACCUAAAGUUUUAAAACACUGGAUUGCUAUUUUAAAUAGUAGCUAAUGUGGUCAAUUAGCAAUUGAAAGAAAGAAAACCAGUGGUAAUUGUGGGAUAUUAUUUUAGCAUAAUUUAAAAUUCAGAAUUGGUGGUUAAUUGCAUUAGAAGUAGACUCGAUUAGUUGUGCAAAUACCCAAAUGCACAAUAAUUUAUGUCAACAGUUAGGAUAAACUCUUACUCAUAUUAUUUUUGCCUUGCAAUUUUUGACUUCUGCAGAUUUCAGCUUUUUGCACAGAUUCUGUGUUGAAAGAUGUUUGGUCAGUUGUACCAUUGUGAAUCCAGAACUCACUCCUGAAACUGUUCUUGCAAAUUCAGAAGGAUGAGAGCAGGAAUAUAAUGGAAAAAAAACAGCAGAUGAAAAGUCAUUGCUUCCUUGGAUACAGCUCAGUCUGGGUAUUGUUCUUACAAUUAUUGCCACUUUUUUGGUAGGCUGAAGAGAGGAUAGAAGGCAGAAGAUAUUAUACAUUGCUAGAAGAAGUUUAUUUUAAAUGCAUGAAAACUUGAGCAGAAAUUACUUAACAUAAGCUUUGAAGGCUCAGCAGUAUUUUAUCACCUCUAGAAAUAAAGUUAAGGGUGGUCAUAAAAUAAUUUUGCUCUCCUGUUCUAGCCAAGGUUUAUGAACUGUGUUCCCAAAGGAGACAAAGUAACACCCAAAAUAAACAUCUCUUUUUAACAUUAUAUAUACACUUCUUCCAGUUUUUAGAACAAAAUUUGAUGUUGUAUUGCUAAGAAUCAUACAACUCUUGCAAAACACACUUCUGUGAUUAUUUUAGCAUCAGUGCCAGAAGUAGGAGAGGUUCCUGGACAACAGACUCUAUGCAACCUACUCUUCAACAGUAUUGUGUAUGUGCACACAGAACCAAUGUGCUUAUAGACCAAAGACACACACGUGUGUGCGCACACACACACUCUUAUGUAUUUUUUAUAUAUAUGAUAUAUAUAUGUACAUGUUUUUACAUACAUACAUAUAUAUAUAUAUAUAUAUAUUAAAAAAAAAAAAAGAAGGAACAAACCAGGAAAAAAUUGUAGCGUGUCUCCUAUGUACAAAGGAAUUGGAGUGCCAUGUUCAGUUGGGAUGCUACGCCGGGAAAUAUUUCUGAUUCCUUAUACCUAUGCAAAUAGCAAAAUAUGUAUGGUUUCUGAUGCCAUAAAACAUGUUUAAAGGUUCUAUGUAUACAGAUUGUACUGAAGAAAGGUGUGUUGUCACUUCUUUCUUUUGAAAAACUGAGAUUUGUUCUAUUCUAUUGGUGGCUCUUGAAAACUUCUGAAACCUUUAUUACUCAUAGGGAGCCUUGUGUGUUAGCCAGAAAUGUGCUGAAAAUAAAGGCAGAAUGUCAUAAAUCCAAAUAGCACCUCCACUUAGUGGAGGAUAAAGAUAAGAAAAAUGAGAACUUGUAAACCAUGAAAAAAAGCUGGGAGUUUUACUACUGUAUGUUCAUAUGUAUAACCCACAGAGCAUCUUUUGAAAUAUCCAGCUGCCAUCUUUGUAAUUCAUCAGUUGCAUAGGUUAUAUGUCCAUGAGUAUAUUUGAGGGAAUGGGAGAGUCUUACUUAGAUCUCCUUCUUCCGCAGAAGUUUCUCUGCCUCUGAUUUUUCUCAUCUGUCUGCUGUGCCUCUGAUUUUAUACAGGUUAUCUGCAGAGCAUGAAAUGUGAAAUAGAGUGAUUGCUAUCGAAAGUAUCCCAUCCACAGUAUUUGAACUGGCUUUUGUUUAAUAAUUACUGUCAAGAUGAUACUGAGAUUUUAAAACAAGACCAUCUUGGGAUAUAUUGGGUAAACAUAGUAACUUCUGAAAUCUGACCUGUUAAGAUGGCCAUUGAGAAUAGCAGUUUAAACACUCCUUUUCCAUGAUGUUGAUUACUACCUCCACUGGAGCAUUUCCCUUAUGCAAAGUUAGUUACAAAAAUAUGAUGUCCAGGAAUGAGCUGUGAUAUUUUGAAAUGUCCCAAAAUUCUGAAUGCUGAUGAAACAUUUUAUCUUGCCCUGAGGGCAGAAUGCUGCUCUAAAUUAUCAGCGUACAUCCAUGGUACGGUAGCUUCUUUGAUAUUGGUGUAGAAAGUAAUUCCCUUUAAGGAUGCCUGUGCAAGGGAGGAGGCUUUGGCCUCUGUUGGUUCUCUGCAGCUGUGCUGUGUGUACUGUUGAUUCAGCCAGCCAGGGUUGGCAUCCCUGAGCUGACCCACCAGCUCUUCGUGUACUCACAUUGUUAAAUAAUGCAACUUGGAUUGAAACUCUUCCGCUGAGGUUUAAAUUAAGUUGCAUUUGUGAUGCACUGAAGCAUGUACGCAGCUACCAUGGUUCAUCUACUCUCAGUAACCUGCUAAUCUCCUGUAACCUAGGCAUGUCCCCGAGUCCUUUCUUAACAGCCUGAAAUAAGCUUAAUAUAGGCAUGUCUGGAAAAUAGGAAAGAUGAAACACUCAUCUGAGACAUUUGUGCAAAUGGGAUAAGAAUAAGGAAACAUUUUCACUAAACUUCACGAAUAAUAACAACUAAACUUUCAAGCUGCAAUUUUUUAUAGAAAUGAAAAAUUAACUCAAAUUUUUAUAUCUUUGGUGGGAAGACCCAAAUGCUUUAGUGAUCAUACUUGGCAGUGUGUUUUGAUUCAUUGCUUUAACCAAUGGAUGUCAAAACUUUGGCUCCAUCUUUCACUCCUCAGAGAGAAUGCAAUGCAGUGCUUUUCUUCUUAAUUUGAAUUUGUUUGCUUCUCUGUUGAAAAGCUUUGCAAAGUGCUUUUGGAGGCCAUUAAGUAUUUAGAGGAUAGUUGCACAUAUUCCAGAAAAUUUAUUGAAGUGAUUUGCACAGCUCAUGGUAAAUAUGAGGUCUUAAAAGGUUCUGUAUAUUCGUACCUUUUGUAGAAUUGUCAUUUUAGUCAUUUUAGAAAUGAGGCUUUGUAUUCUAUAACCUAUUUGUUUUCAGCUUCUAUGCUCCCUUUUUAUAGUAUAGUACAAGACACAGUGGUUGAGAUGUUGAAGUAGCAAAAAGAAGAAAGACUUUAGACUGUAGAGUUUAUUAGUAAAGAGUAAGAAUGUCUUCUAUCUCUAGCCAGCCCAGAAUAUAGUAAAGUAAGUUUCAGAUCUGCUUUUAUUUACUGUUUUCCAUAUUGACAUGCAUUGUACCAAAAGAAAAAUCUGUGGCUUCUUUUUCUUCAUAAAAAGCUAAAAAACAUUGCAGAAAAUGGUAGAAAUAUCUGAUCAAACAACAAGGGUGGACUUUGGAAUCAUUUGGAUCUUGAUCAAUGUUAAGUAGUGCCAGUUCUAAAAUACCAAAGUGUCCCAUGCUGUUUCCUUGUUGCCAUUUUGUAGUUUUUUCCUGUGUAUUAUUUGUUUAAUGAUUCCAACAGAAUCGGAGCAGGUGUUGCAGCUUCCUUCUGGAAGCCUUCAGAUGCUCUUGUUUCAGCCUGUGAACAUUCUGUACAAACACCAAUGCCCUGUCCUUUUCUGAGACCCAACAACGUGCACUAAAGUUUUGCUUGCAUUGAAGUGAUUUGUGUCUUAAAUCUGUAUCCAUCUGAGUGAAAAUCCCUUUCUGAUUCUAAACGGGACACAACGGCAAAAGCAGUUACCCUGCAGCAGGUGUCAGUGGUAAUCAACAGGAGCUGAUUUAGACCCUGCACGUUUCACACAGACUGUUCUGGUAGGAAGCCUGAUGCCGGUUUCAUUCUUCUCAUUAUUACAGCCCUCUGUAUUCUCAGAGAAACAUAGGCUGUCGCUGGUUUUCUACAGUUGACGCUUUGGUAUUUUUUUAAUCUAUUUGCUACAACUCAUUUUUUUAUGUCUCCCUAUUGUCUACUUCUUGUGACAUUUGUGCGAGAGGAGCUAUUGAAUACUUUUUACCCUUCCUGUAAUGUAGACCCUAUGAGGCCUAACUUCAGUGUUCUGCAAACUUUAAACCAUAAAGCAAAACCAGUUUGUAUUACUUACGUUUUGACUGGUUUUCAUUUGGAACAGGGACCUAAUGGGAACUUCAGUAAGACAAACUUACUCUCUUUUUAAUUUUCUUUUUUAAAAAACACUGGUGGAAGUUUGGAAAAGUGGCAUACGUGUAUAGCCUUUAAAAUGUAAGGAUUUCUGACUGUAGUUGCAAUGAAAACACAGUGUUUGAGUGUGUCUGUACAGAAUUCUCGGUUUUUUAAAUUGCUUUCAAUUCAAAAAUGGAGGAAAUACUAUGAAACGGUAUUUUGGAGCCAUGUCAAUGAUCACCCAUGUCAAACUAAAGACCAGAAUGAUAGUGUUACGGGACCUAAAAUGAUCUGUGGAACAAAACACAUUUUAUGACUUCUCUUGAGCUUCAACCUCCUGCAGUCCCAGGAUUUAACUUGCGUACACGAGCUCUCAUACCAUACCAUGCAUGUUGAUUACCCGCUGCGGAUCAGGGUGAGACAGAUGACACCAUUUCACCUGUGUUUUCAUGAAAAUCCUUUGCUUGAGCAACUCUUUCAGAAAUACAGUGAUGUGUUAGAGCUCCACUGUUGCAAACACAGUGAUGUGCUAGCUAGCUAGGAGUGCUUUCAUGUAUAGCUGUUGUGUACAACUUUGGGAGUUAUUUUGUGUUUAACUUGGGUUGGUUUUUUGGGAGUUUUUUGUUUGUUUUGUUUUGUUUUGGAAAAUAAUUACUCUUCAUGGAAUCUCUGGAACCAGUCAGUAUUAUGGAAUCUCUGGAACCAAUCAGUAUUGUGGGCUAUUUUAACUUGGAGACACUUUCAUAAUAAACAUAAGUAUUAGGAA